AUGAAGCGGAUUUGCAAGAAGAAGAGAUCGAGCUCGAUCGAGCUGAGGAUCGAGCUGAGUUCAGCUGAGGAUCGAGCUGAGAUCAGCAGGAUCGAGAGCGCUGAGUUGAGGAUUUGGAGGAUUGGACUUCUCCAAAAGUUCAACAAAUGGCAAGGGAAAGCCAUUGAGAAGAUGCAAAAGUCCAUGGACAAGAUGGUGAGCAAGAUCAAAAGUUUGGAGAAGAAGGUUUCUGGUUCUUCAAGCAAGAAGAAGUCCAAGGCCCCACUUUCCCUAGGAGUAGAUCACUCCUCACCACUCCAAGGAGGCUCCCUGCCCAAGAGCCUCACAGAGCCUCUUCUUUCGAGCCAAGGGAAGGAGAAGACAACACGCAGAGAAGGAGGAAGACUUCCAAGGCCAGACGCUCCAGCUCGACCACCGGACUCGAUCGAGUCCAAACAGAGGAAACUCAACUCGAUCGAGCUGACGGUCGAGUUGACCUGGAGGAGCCCCAGUUCGAGGAUCCGGAUUUGA